AUGACCUCACUCCCGACAGCUCUCAGCAGCAGCGGCGGCGGGGGGAAGGUGGUUCUGGUGGGGGUGCGACUGCACCAGCCGAACGCGAACCUCCUGUGGGGCGGCGGCAGCAGCAGCAGCAGCGGCGGCGGCGCGGCAAUCUCGAGGGAGGGGCAGGCGCUGGUGGAAUUCACUCUCGCGCGGCUAGUGGUGCCCGGCGAUCGUAUUGUCGCCAUGGCCGUCCGGAUAGUCCGCGCCCCGCACACCUCAGGUGCGUGCUGCCCCUCAGUCCUGAGGCGCGGCAAUCUUGAGGGAGGGGCAGGGCUGGAGCGUGGAGGGUCGCGCAAGGCACGGUUCAACUCAGAGCAGGACGGGGAGGAGGAGGAGGACGCGAGCCAGAGAAUGCUGGCAGCCCUGCACCCGAAGAUCGAGGUGGCGGCGGCAAAGCAGAUCACUCUCCAAGUUGUCGUGCGCUCGGCCCCUCGCGUGCGAGACGCGCUGCUCUACGAGGCAAAGCUGCUCAAGGCGGGGCUGGUGGUCAUAGGGCCCGUGCGACGCACCAUCACGCUUAUUGGUGGCAGUGCCGGUUCUGACGUGGACAUGAUGACGUUUCUCGCCGACCGGCUGUCUGCCAGCUGCAAGAUCAUGCUCGUCUCAAAUAACGCCUGCUCCGCUACAAGACAAGGGAAAGUGCCUGUUCCGCCUACCUCCCCCCAAUCUCCGCGGAUAGACCCAGGGGGAGGGGGAGGGGGGAGUGGCAUGGGGGAAGGGGGAGGGGGGAGUGGCUUGGGGGGAGGGGGAGUGGGGCAGGGGUCAGGGGGAUAUGGAGGGGGGUCUGAUGGGGGUGGUGGGGUACCGAAUGGGGGAGGAAGCAGAGGAGCAAUGGGGGGAGCAUUGGGGGGAGGGAUGGGGGGAGGGGGGGUUAUGGGUGGAGGGGGAGGGGACAGUGGUGGGGGCUGGCAGCAAUGUCCCAGAUCUCCCCGAUCCCAAUCCAACGGCCAGGAUUUCUUCGCCCCUCCCCCAUCCCCAGUCCCUCCUGCCCCGCCGACUGAAAUCAUUCGGGAAGUUUACGGGCAGGACGAGUACGGGCAGCAGGAAUUUUACUUGGACGAGCUCCUAUUGGCCACGGAUAAUUUCUCCCCGCAGAGAUUGAUCGGGGAGGGCGGCAGUGGUCAGGUGUUUGUGGGGAUGCUUCCACCUGGCAGGUGCCCUCAGGUGGAAUCCCAGGGUGGGGGGAGCGAGGGGUGGGGGAGAGGGGGAUGGGGGGAGGGCGGAACAGGGGGGGGCGCAGCAGGGGGGGUUGCAGGAGGGGGAAGCGGCAGUGGUGCAGCCAGUGGGGGCUGUCGGAAGGUAGCGGUGAAGAGACUGCGAUGGUGGGGGCCGGCUGUAGCGGACGUGCAGGGGGCGGCAAACGCUCGGCAGUUUCUGGCGGAGCUGCGUGUGUUGAGGCGCAUCCGGCACCCGAGCCUGCUGGGGCUGCUGGGGGUGUGUGCGACGGCGGGGGAGCUGCUGAUGGUGUUCAACUUUCUGCCUAAUGGGUCACUGGAGACGAGGCUGAGAGACCACACAAAGCCCCCGCUACCUUGGGAUUUGCGCAUGCGCAUCGCGUGUGAGGCGGCAACCGGGUUGGCCUUCCUGCACUCGUGCCGGCCGCCCAUCAUCCAUCGGGACGUGAAGGCGGCCAAUGUGCUGCUGGAUGCCAACAUGCACGCGCUGGUCUCCGAUUUUGGGCUGGCCAAGGUAGCUUCAGACCAGUACACCCAGCCAAUGGCGGUUACCAGCAUCAUGGGCACCAGAGGGUGA